AUGGAAACACCACAAGAGCCGAAAUCUUCCCCCGGACUAUCAUCAAGGCACCCAUCAAUUGCUGUCUUGCUCGCUUCGUACGGCCGUUCAAACGGCCCCUUUGUGCCAUCGGAGGAACAAAAGGAGAAAUCUAAGAUCUUAGCUUUCAACAUUCGCCAUCUUCCAAACCCACCUCGGAAGCUGCGUGCGAUGACCACUGGCCUUUCACCACGACUCCGAAAGGAGUUUCUGAAAAAUGAAGUUGUGCAGCAAUUCCUCUCGAAAACCUAUGAUGAGGUUGUUCAAUCUUUCACUGAAUCAUAUCAUGCUCUGCUGCCCAGAGAAUUGUCUAUAAAAAACGAAAACGACAAAGGCACAGAUGGGGAACUAGGAGACACGUCUGAAGACGCCGACAUGUCCUUCAUUGUGACAGUGUGCUGCGAAGAAGGGCGGCAUAGGAGUGUUGCCUUUGUGGAAGAACUUGCUCAGAGGCUCUCGUUAUUGAGAAAUGGGAGCGACGUGGCUUGUUGGGAACUGAAUGUAAAUGUUUUGCACCGUGAUAUUGAAGAAGGUAUUCUACCCGACAGCUCAAAUCCGACGGCGCAAAAAGCAUCAGCAAAAGGAAGAAGUAAAGGCGGAAAAGAUGCUCGGAGGAUAAACCAAAAAAACAGCAUGUUUGCUGAGCCCGAUGAAAUUGUUUAA